UGAAGAGGGAAGGUCGCGCUGGGGUGUGCGUGCGUGCGUUUGUUGACUCCUCGCUCGCGGGCGGCCCUACGUCGCUAGUGAAAGCUAACAUCGCCGCCAAGAGAGAGGCUGAACGAGAGAGAGACGACCCUGUAGCAAAGAGAGAGAGAGAGAGAGAGGGGUGAUAGCGUUGGGUCAGGUGGGGAGCGGCAGUCUUGUGGCGACGCCUGCCCAUAACGGAGGCUGGCAGUGACUGUGCGCGCCUUGCGAUAUUCGUGAACCUUCCCCUUAGUGCUUCGCGGGAAAAGAGGGGAAAGACAAAAGAUUAUUUUAGAGUGUUUGAUUAGCUUUAUAUUUAUUUUGCUGGAUUUGAACGAAAAUAAAUCGACUUUAAGAAGACAAACAGAAGAACCUCGACAGGAUAAUGGGCACUUAUUGGUUGUUCCUUCUCGCCUACGGGAGCUUACUGCUGGCGGCGAAGGGCAUGAACUUGAGCCCAGGCAGCGUCCAGGGGAGCCAUGAGGGGACGCUGGAGGUCAAGCUGACGUCGCAGGAGGUCCAGGAAGCCGUCCGAGAGGCCGUCGUGAUCGUGAAGGAGCAGAUCGAGGUGGUGGAGCCCCACGUCUUCCAGAGCGGAGGCAAGCUGGGCCCGGACGCCGCCGCCUACCACUACUACAGCCUGAUGAGCGGCGACCAGGCGACGCGCACCAUCGGCGCCGUGGCGCUCAUCUCGCAGACGGCCACCCACAUCCUCGCCGUCAGACACAACCUGACGGUGGGACAGGUGUCCCUCGUGCUGCCCCAGCUGGACACCAUGAUGACCGUCCUGGCCGAGUCCUGCCCGACCCCGCUGCCGCCGUCCUCUUGUCCGCCCUCCAGGUACCGCACCGCCGACGGCACGUGCAACAACCCCGACCAGCCGCGGUGGGGCGCCGCCAGCACGCCCUACCUCAGGCUGCUCCCGGCCUGGUACGCCGAUGGUGUUUCCUCUCCUCGCGCCUCCCUGGCUGGCACGCCCCUCCCAUCAGCCGCCCGCGUGUCUGAAGCCGCCCACUCCGGGAAUGUCCAAACCCACGCCCAUGUGUCACUCCUGGCUGCGGUGUGGGGCGAGCAUAUUGCCCACGAUCUCUCCCGCACCGUCGUGGCCGAGGGCGUCCGUGGAGAGAGGCUGCGGUGCUGUGGGGUGUCGGAGCCUCACCCCGAGUGCCUGCCCAUCUUGUCCAACGGCCAGUGCGUCGAGUACGCCCGCUCGGCCCCCGCCACCACCACCGACUGCGCCCUCGGUGUUCGCGAACAGCUCAACGGCGCCACCUCGUUCUUGGAUGGAUCCGCUGUCUACGGAUCUUCAAAGAGGGAGACCGACGCCCUUAGACUUUUCGAGAACGGUCACCUCAAGACACAAGCAGACUGGCUGCUUCCACGUGCCACGUCCCAUACUUGCAAAGAUGCUAUGAUGUGCUUCCUGGGAGGCGACCUCCGGCUCAACACCCACGCCGGCCUGGCCGCCCUCCAGACGCUACUCGUGCACGAGCACAACCGCAUCGCAUCCAUGCUUUCCGAGCUCAACACGCAGUGGGGCGACGACACCGUCUUCGAGGAGACGCGCGCUAUUGUGUCGGCACAGCUCCAGCAUAUUACCUACAAGGAAUUUCUGCCGACGCUGUUGGGGAUGCAGGUUGUCGAAGAGAAUGAACUAACCCCUUUGGCAAAUGGCUUUUACCAUGGCUACGACAUUACGAUUGAGCCUGGUGUCUUUAACUCCGUAGCGACAUCUGUGCUGAAGCUGGUUCUGACACUGCUGCCCGAUUUCCUUCCCCUGGCCCAUGAGCAGCUUCCUUUGGGCAUGACCGCACUCAACAUGUCUAUCUUGUACAAACCCAAUGCCUACGAGCAGCUCAUCAAGGGAAUGAUCGGCUCCAAUGCCCUAACCUUCGAUCCUGCAGUAAGCAAUUCUGUCAGAGGAUACUUAGGCGGCAUUGAUUUGGUGGCACGAGCAGUCCAAAAUGGACGUGACCAUGGACUUCCUCCCUACGUGGUCUGGCGGCCACUUUGCAGCAGACGACCUUCGCGCACCUUUGAUGAUCUGUCUGACGUUAUGGACCAUGAUCAGAUUACUCGGCUUCGUUCCCUUUUUGCCGAUGUUGCCGACAUCGACCUCUUUACAGGCAUCAUCUCUGAGAGGCCUUUGGAUGGCGCCUUGGUGGGUCCCACUGCAGCGUGCCUGCUGGCCUUGCAGUUCAAGGUGCUGAGACAGACUGAUAGGUAUUGGUAUGAGAACGACAUUCCACCUGCAGCCUUCAGCAAAGAACAGCUGUUCGAGAUCCGUAAGAGCACGAUGGCACGAUUGGUCUGUGACAACGUUCCCGGCCUAGACAGUGUCCCCCGCUCAGCCUUCCUUGCUCGCGAUCAGUUCCUGAAUGCCCCCGUCCCCUGCACUGACCUGGACUCUAUGGACUUGGGAGCCUGGAAGACUCGCGGCAAAGUGGUGCUGGCAGAGGACAUCCUUCACAGCGUUGUAGAGAAGGGUAAGCAAGCCGUGGAAAAGAGACGGCAAAUGGAGAAGCGCAUCUUCGAGAAGGGUCUUGUAGCAGGCUCCAAAUCCCCAGUAGGUUCUGCUUAUGCCAACAACAAGCCCAACCCCACUUCGCUUAUUCUGGCCAACACUUCAGUCCUCUUGGAAGCCACUAGCCAGGAGCUCAUGACAAUCAUGCAUGACAGAAGGGUGCGGCGACAAAUCCAAGGCCUUAGCAACGAGUUCGAUUCUCUAGACUUGAACUUGCCGUCGGUCGACAUCUCCGGUCUGGUACCCCCGGCGCCCCUCAUUCGCCAGUGCCGCGAGACCGAAGAGCACCGGUCAUGCGACGCCCGCCAUCCCUUCAGGACCAUCAGCGGCCACUGCAACAACCUCAGACGUCCUGACUUCGGCCGCUCUAACACGGUAUUUGCCCGCAUGCUUCCCGCCGGAUACGACGACGGCAUUUCAGCAUCCAGAACCCGCUCUGUGACCGGCAGCAGCCUUCCUUCCCCUCGAACCAUCUCCACUACCAUUCACAAUGACAUCUCGCAUCUCCAUGCUCGCUACACUCUCAUGGUCAUGCAGUUCGGACAGUUCUUGGAUCACGACAUCACGUUCACGCCCGUCAACAAGGGAUUCCAGAACUCCAUCUUGGACUGCCGCGAUUGCGAGUCGCAACAACGGGUCCAUCCCGAGUGCUUACCCAUCCCCGUUCCCGACAAUGAUCCCUACUAUCCUUCUGUCAACAUCUCAUCCGGACGUCCCUUCUGCAUCGCCUUCACCAGGUCCCUCCCCGGCCAGCAGACCCUCGGCCCUCGUGAACAGAUCAACCAAAACACGGCCUUCCUGGAUGCCUCUCAUAUCUACGGUCAGGAGCUCUGUGAGGCACGCGAGCUACGGGGCAGCCAGAACGGCCAUCUGAAUGUGACUAGCCACCCCAUCCGUGGCAAACCCCUUCUACCACAAGAAACUGGCAACCCCGAGUGCAAGGCAGAUUCCGGGCGCUGCUUCAGGGCUGGGGACUCCAGGUCGUCAGAACAACCUGGCCUGGCCGUCGUUCACACGGUCUGGAUGAGAGAACACAACCGCAUUGCCGACGGACUGGCGAGGGUGAAUCCUCAUUGGGACGACGAGCGACUUUACCAAGAAGCGCGAAGAAUCGUCACUGCACAGUGGCAGCAUGUUGUGUACAAUGAGUUCCUGCCACGCGUCCUGGGAUGGAACGCUAUGCAGCUCUAUUCACUGAGACUCAAGCCGGAAGGAUACUAUGCAGAAUACGACGCCAACUGUAACCCAGGAAUCCUCAAUGAAUUUGCAACCGCUGCCUUCCGCUUCGGCCACUCACUGAUCCGACGCACAAUGCAGCGCAUGGACUCCACUUUCAGGGAGACCCACGUGGGUGUAAAGCUCAGAGAUACCUUCUUUAACCCGGACAUGCUCCUCGAGUUCCAGAUGAUCGACGAGCUUGUCCGCGGCCUCAUCUCCACACCGAUGGAAACUCUCGACAACUUCCUAACGGAGGAGAUCACCAACCACUUGUUCGAAGACGCAGCCAUUCCGUUCUCCGGCCUCGAUCUCGCGGCUCUCAACAUCCAGCGCGGAAGAGAACAUGGCCUCCGCUCCUAUAACGAGUACCGAGCCGUGUGCAACCUCCGGCGUGCCAGAACCUUCGAGGAUCUGUCGAGGGAGAUCAAGCCGGAGUUGAUCGAAAAGCUGAAGAGGGUGUACAAGAGCGUCGAGGACAUCGAUCUGUUCACUGGUGGCCUGUGUGAGACGCCCCUCCAAGGCGGCAUCAUCGGACCGACAUUCGGCUGUGUCAUUGGCCUUCAGUUCUCUUUCCUCAGAAAGUGCGAUCGUUUCUGGUACGAGACGUCGGACGCCAGCCUUCGCUUCUCGGAGGAGCAGCUGGCGGACAUCCGCAAGGUGACGAUGGCGUCGCUCAUUUGCGAGAACUGCGACGUAGUCGAGCAGAUCCAGAGGGGCGUUUUCGACAUGCCUCAUGCUUUCCUCAACCCACGCGUCCCGUGCGCCGCCGUCGGCAAAGUGAACCUCGACUUGUGGAGGGACGCCAACACGUGUGUCAUCGGCAACCAAGCUGUGGGCAUCGGCGAGACCCGGACACCCACGCCCUGCACACUCUGCACCUGCACGACCGCAGGGGCACAGUGCCAGACGGUCAAGGUCAACUGCUUCGAACUGCGGUCGCGCUUCCGUCUCGAUGAAAUCCUUCGAGAUAAUGUUUGUCGUGCUCAGUGCGGCAACAUCCUCGACCCCAACCGCCCCGCCCAGCCCUCGCCUCCCGAAGUGCGCCCGCAGUCCAUCUUUAACGAGGGCCUCACCCCGCCCCCUCCCCCACCUCUUCCUGCUCCCCAGCCGAUCCCCCCUCCCCGCCCCAGGCCCCCGACCAACCCCGUGUUCCGGCCCCCGCCUCCUCCCCCGCCGCAGAGCAACAACCCCCUACGAUUCCCCUUCCCCAUCCCCCCGUUCCUCAGGUCGCUCUUCAACUAGAUCUCCGCUUCACUAAUACGCGACGCGACCGAGGACGGCGCGACGGCGCAGACGCCGGGCAAGGAAGAGGCGGCGCGCGGCGGGCCUCUCUGCUCGAGCGGUCUUGGAUCACAUAUUUAUAUUUCGAAGGCAAAUUUAUGUGAAAGUUACACCUACAUACCUACAUACCUACAUACAUACAUACAUACAUACAUACAUACAUACAUACAUACAUACAUACAUACAUACAUACAUACAUACAUACAUACAUACAUACAUACAUAUAU